UGACGUCAUGUAGAGCUAAUGUGUGCACAGCUGACAGUUCUGGGAGGCCGAGCCAACUGCCCACCUGCCUGUCAAAUCUCGGCGAGUUUUUUUUUUGGUUACUCUUCACUGCUUACUGGCUACACUUGGCGGAGCUGACCGUAUUUUAUAUUGCAGCAGCAGCUACAAGCGCCGGAGCUGUCAUUUCAGUCAGCUGUUUGUGUCAAAGUCACCGGCACAGUGCUCGAUAGUUUGACCAGAUCUUUGAGCCCUGGGCAUGGAGCAGCAGUCCAGCGCCCACUCGGUCAAGUUGUACAUCUACGACCUCUCUCGUGGAAUGGCCAGGCAGCUGAGCCCCAUCAUGCUGGGCAAGCAGCUGGAUGGCAUUUGGCAUACUUCUAUUGUAGUCUACGGUGAUGAAUUUUUCUUUGGAGGGGAUGGGAUUUCCAGCUGCCCACCAGGUGGGACAAUGCUGGGUCCUCCUAAUUCAGUGGUCGAUUUGGGAAUCACAGAGGUGACUGGGGAGAUCUUCAUGGACUAUCUGAUGUCUCUGGGCGAGUCUGCCUACAGGGGUGAAUGUUAUCGCUUGUUUGAACACAACUGCAACACCUUCAGCAAUGAGGUAGCUCAGUUCCUGACUGGAAAGAAAAUUCCUUCUUAUAUUACAGACCUACCUUCAGAAGUGCUUUCCACGCCAUUUGGACAAGCACUGAAACCAAUCCUGGAGUCCAUUCACAUCCAGCCACCGGGAAGUAACAUCCGGAAUGGCCACAACAUGCAGAGCUAAGGGUCCCAGGCGGCUAAAUGGCCGCUCGCCUGACCCUUAGAUAGUCUUAGAGUGGAAAUAAGGGGGCUGAAUCAAAAAGCUGCCCUGCUGCCAAGCGACCUGUGGAUGGACCCUCUACAGUGUUCCUGUUGUACAGUGAUUGAAUGAUGGCUGCGUGAGGUAGUGUGUCUGAAGGCUGGCCUGUAGUUCAGUUUUUAUGCAGGCCCCUUUCUCUGUAUCUGUACUGCUUGGCAUAUGUCUCAGCAGCAGCUUUUGUUGUGAUUGGGGAGCCGCUUCUGUGGCUGUGGAUGCAUAGUCCUCCGUGCAAGAAAACAUGCCCUUUGCCCCCCAGUGAGUUGUAUCUCUACAGCACAAUUGUUUAAAGUGAUUGACCGCCAACAUACCAUCAAUGUAGUGUUUCCGCACUCUCUCGCACUGUUUAGUCAAGGGAUGGAGCUUCUGUGUGACCCACACUACUCUCCACCUGUUCCAGCAGGGUGCAAAUGUAUGGUGUGGAUGGAACAUCUGACAUUAAACAUAAAAACAAAAUAUGGCCUGAGAUUUUUAUUUUCAUUCUUCCUUUAUAGUAGAAUCUUUGUAGUUGGCAAACUUUAAGUAUGAUUUCUAUUGAAUUAACAGCAUGUUUAUGAGCUCUGUCACUUUAUUUUUUUGUCAUUUUUAUUGAUUUUAUUAUAAUCCAUACAUUCCAGAUUAAUAGUACAUUAAGUAUAACAUCUUAGUCAAAUCAGAUCAGAUACUCAACGACUCACGUUCUGUCAAAGUUCCUUGAUACUGGCAUGACACGUAUGAAAGGUAAACCUACACUCCUUUGUUGGUAGACUGGCAUUUAAUGCACAUUUCUGCAAAAUAAGAUUGAUUUGUGCAUAAUAAGUCAGUAAUAUCUGAGGAACUGAAUCAUAUUCAUGAUGUGACGUUGGCUUUCUAGCUUUUUUUUUUUUUUUGUUCAGGAAGGCACACACAACUGAUCUAAGAUGACGAGCUGCUAAUUUUGCAAUGGUGGGCUGUUUUGAUUUAUUUUAUGUUCUCAAGUGGACCUGUCACACUAUCUAUUGUCGUUUCAAGCACCCUUUAUUCAUAAAGUGCUUUGUAUUAUUUUCAAUAUAUUUUGCAUCGGCUAUUGUUUUCUUUGGUUUUGAAAUUAAGCUGUCGCUCAUGUACCUCAAAGAUGCAAGAAAAUGUCAGGCCUCUAACUCUAACACUAAUUCUCCAAACCUCCAUCCUGAAAAUGUAUGCUUAAAUAACACUAGUGGAUCUGAAUAUAGGAAUUGACUCUCCGUGGUCUUUUAUUGUGUAAGCAGUCUGAGAAAUGGAUAGAUGGAAUGGUUUAGUAUAGAAAUAAAGAGAAAUGGGGAUCCAUUAAUCCAACCUAAAGUGAUAGUCAAGGACACUGUGACUCUUCAUUUUUAUUUGUUAGUCAAAUGUGUCUUCUUUAUGCUUAAUUGGUUUUGCAGUUUUCUUGUUAUUUUUGCAACAAGUUUGAUCUUCUAAGUAAUUUUUAAAAGCUGUAAUUAGUUUUCUUAUUAAGAUUAGGUACUUCUUAAGACUUUUCCGAAUUGCUCGUUAUUUCAAAGACUGGUAAUUAUAAUGAAGAGGCUAAACCUGAAAAUUACGCACAUUUGAAUGCAAAAUGAUUUGAGCAGGGUGCUCCGUUAAAGGAAGAAAUUAGCCUGCCAUUCAGUGACUGCACCUCUCAGAUGUAGAGUGUGCAUCAUUUUGAGCUAAAUUAGUGGCUGUAUGAUUAGCGAUGAAAAGAAAUUGUGCAUCUUAAACAUAAUUUUUUUUUUAAAUUUAAAACUUGUUUAUAUUGGGUACACCUAGCAAAACUUGAGGCAAUUAAAACUAAAUAACCCUAUGGUAUAAUUUAUGGUGGUGGCAGUAGGUGAGUGUGGCACUCGUGAACAAAUUCUGUGCUGAAGAGUAGUAGGUGCCAAAUCCAUCCCCUAACUUGGUGCUGCUUCCUAACCCUUCAUUUAACUAUAGUCACGUGUUUCAUGUUUAUGUUUGUUUUGUUUCCGUUUCCAUCUUUUGAAAUACAGUGGACUCCAUCUGGACCUUUUUAUUUUGAAUGUGUUUUGUGUGCAUGUACACGCUUGUUGUACUGUUGUUGUCAUAGUUGAAGAAUGUCUUUCGUAUUCCUUUAUACCAGUUAUUGUCAUUUCAGCAUCUGCACAAUUCCAGGUGGUUAGAAAUCCCCAUCAUUUACAAGUCCACCUUGAAAGACACAGUAUUUUCUGUUAUCGGCAAAGUCUGAAACGUCCCUUUUCUUUAAAUUUCUUCCCCUGAAAACGAUUAGUUAGGGGGAUGAAACACAGCCUCAUUUAUUUAGACAUUGAUGCCGAUGGCACUAAAAUAAGAUGGAAGUGUUUUCCCACAGUGUCUCUUGCAGCUGGGCAGUAUCUGAUUCUCCCAACUUAGUAAUAUUUAGAGAAUAAAUAAUAAUUUAUAUAUAUUUAUUCAUGUUUUCUCAUGUAGUUUUUAAUAUAAAUAAUUUUUUCACAUACCAUUGUAUUUCUAAUCUUAAGUGUGUUUAGUAAGUACCUGUGCUGAAAGAAUCAUAAUGUGAAACAUGUCUUAGAAUUAUUCUGCCCUUUCCUAUUCACCCACGAAUGCAUGGCAGUGGCCGUGUUGCUGGCCCUUUGUUUUAUGUGUUAUCUGUCUGCUUAGUUUGGGUCACUUCAAUUAAAUUUCCCCCUUGAAUAAUUCUGUCCUCUGCUAGAUGAGGAGGAGGAGGAGUGGUGCUCCUGUCCAGUUGUAACCCCAAGAGAGUGUUCUCUGAUUCUUUUGUUCCUUAUAUUUUUUUGGACUCCUUAAUAGCAAUAGAGACAACUGGUACAGUGAAUAAGAAUCAUUUGAACACAGCAGUUGAGGAGGAGCACUUUUUUUUGUUUUUGGCAUCUGGUGCCAUCUUUACAUCACACAUUUACCCUGACAACCUUAGCAUUUAUUUUGUUGAGUGUUUAUUUGUACAUGGCUCUUGAUUUGGUUUUAAGUAGAGCAGUAGUAGAGGAUUAUAAGAAUUGGUGUAAAAUAGUUUUGAUGUAAAUAUUAGCUGCCUUUUAUACCAAAUGGUUGUGACAUCCCAAGAAACAAAACAUUAGGAGAGCAAUCAUGGUUUUUAAAAGGGGGGGGAAAAAAGUUUGUGAACUGAUGAUGGGGAACCGGUGCUGUUCUCUCUUGUACUUCAUUCAUGUUGCCAUUGCUCAUAAAGAUAUAAUUUUUUAACAGCAUUUGUACUGUUAUCUGUUUUGUGUAUUGUUUGUGUGUUUUUUUUUUUAUAUCACAUAUGAAAAAAUAAAAAUAACCUUUUAAUAUAAAAUAGCAGCAUUAUCUAAUGAACCUUGUUGGACCUGAAUGAACUAAAAUUGUUGAUGUCAGCUUCUGCUUUUUGAUCUUUACACUCCACAGCACUUUUAAAUGUUAAGAGUGCUCAGAGCAGUAGCAUCCUUACCCAAGGAGGCUUAAAGAUCAAAUUGCAUUGUACACGUUAUUGUAAAAUGUUUUUACAUAUAUGUAGGCUCAUAUAGAACUCUGUGUUUGUGUAUGCAUGUAUAUUAUAGUUUGAUUGCAGGAAAGUUAAAUGUCUAGCAUUACACAAUGCAUCUGAGGCAAGCAUGUCGUUUAAAGCCAAAUGCGCCGAGCCCAUUACACCGUCUACUUUGAAUUGUGUGCAUUCUCUCUCAGCUCCUCAAAAAACAUAAAGAAUACCAAUGAAUAGUAAAUUUAUUAAAAAGGAUAAUAUUGCUCAUAGUAAUUCAUGUGAACUAAUAUAUAAAUAACUAGGGCUGCACUGGAUAACUUGGGGCUUCAGUCCUAACAAGAUAAGCAUCUUUUGAAUACUCAUUUACACAGGACUAGGAAACACUUGGACCACUGGUGCUUGAAAAAAGUUGGUUCAUGUGCUUCUUGCGAAACUCCGCACCCCAGGUCACUCCCUUUUCGUGCCCGAAUGGUGUGCAUGGCUGUACUUGCGAUGAAAACAAACUGUCAGCCUGUGCGAUGUGCCUGACUGUCAUCAGAUGUUUUGCUGCUCUUCUUUUUCUGUCGGCUGGGCUGCAUGCCGGUGCUGUUGUUCUUUUUCUGCUGUGAGAAUGACUUGAAGCCCAAGUUCAUGGUGAUGGUAACGGUAGCCUGCAUUCCCAGUUCUUGUAUUGUGUUAUUGUGUAUGACGAUGCAGGCUCUCGAUUAAGACCAAGAACAUUUAUCAAUGUCAUGCAAGUUUUUGCAUGACAGAUCAUCAACCUUUAACCUUUAAAGACAACCUUUAACCUCUCUCUCUCUCUCUCUCUCUCUCCCUCUCUCUGUCUAAUAUAUAUAUAAUCCAACAUCUGUCUGCAUGUCUGUCCUCUUUUCACAAACUGCUUAAUGGAUUUAGAUCGGGUGUUUUUUCUACAAUUUGCUUGAACAUUACGGAUGAUUUUGCGACUUCUCUCAUCGCGCUAAGAAUCAUAGUUCACUUGCUGGAGCGAUAUACUGUAUUUGCGCUAAUUCCGAGAUGGAGACAGAGGCCAAGUGGAGGGGGAAGCGUGAUCUCAGGAGUAGGAAGCCAGGCAGGGCCUUUUUCACUCACACUCCAGCCUCCGUUCAAGUCGGCCUACCUCUCGCCACAUGUUGGAGUGUACCUUGCCUCCACUUAGCUAGUGAUUAAUGUUUGUCUUUUUUCACUACUACGUGAGUGGAGCCGCGGGGGACAGCUAGUUUUAGACAUACAAAAUGCCUUCAGUUGGAGCAUUGGUUUUACUCCGGGACACGAUGCGAGUCUUAUGCUCUACAGACCAAUAAAUUAGCUGUUAGAACACACAAUGUUUGGAUUUUUGGAAAUCUGAACUGUUGUAGUUCCCGAUGAAAGCAUAUCUGAACAAAUUAUAUGUAAUAUGUCUGUGAUUUAGGAGUCUUGGUCAAUUAAAUUGCAGCAUUAGUGAAUAGAUUUAAUUUCUGUAUAUUGGUUCAUUUGCACCUACGCCUACUUCAGCACAAGAGCCUGUACACGUGCGUGAGGCCAGCUAUUCUUUAUGCACUAGGAGGCUUUUGGUUAUAGCCAUUAUAUCUUUAUAGAAAUGUGCAUUUAUUUAUGGUUUUGUAUUAAAUAAAUAAAAUUCUAAUUUCAAUAACAAGAACAGUUUAGUGUCUAAUAACACUUUCGUUAGGAAAUGAAUAAAUUGGAACAUCACACAGGCGUUGUAGUAUUGCCGUGUUUAGUUGUUCAAUAAGGAAGCCUGUCGUUGGAACAAACCUGUGGCAGUGCUACUGAGAGGACUUCAAUUCCCAGCAGUCGGCAGAAGUGUGCAGUGACCGGCGAGACAUCGGCAUGUGCUUUAAAGGAAGUGGCCGUUCAGCUUCAGACUUCAGUGGGAAAUGAAACCAUCCGGGUGAAGUGGCAGUGUUCUGACACAUCGUGUUUCAGUUAAAUACGUCACAAAAAGCGCCUUUUUCAUGUAAUGCUACUGUUUAGUUUACAGCCUGUGUAUCCAGAUUUGCAGUUCUUGUGCCUAUGAUAUGCAAACUUUCUCCUUCUUACAUUCUCCAUAUCUAAUUUUCUUGUUUAGUUCACAGUACCCAGUGCUCAGUCAAUAAACUCCACUGAUCAUCAUAGGCAUAUUUUGCAAACUGAUCCACAAGCCUACUAGUAAAGAUGUGCCAAAGCAGAAGUAACAAUUUGCAGAAUUUGAACAAAACUAAGUGAAUAAAAACAUGGGAGUCUCCAAAUAUUUUACUAUGAUUACGUUAACGUGACAGCAGCUCCCAUCCUCAGAAAUAUGCAAACAAUUAGCCAAGUGCAGUGUGGUCUCCAAGAAACUGUUUAAUAAUUUCUGACUUCAUGAAGGGAGGCAGGUGGAUUUCCUGUUUUUUUUUUUUUUUGAUAUCUGGCAGGGCCCAUAAAUUUUGCAGUACCCCGGUGUGAGCAGAUGAUCUGCCUCCCCUCGUAGACAACAUAACAUUCAAAAAGUCAUUGACAUUGUUCCAUAGCAAAGAUUAAUUUUGAAAGCAGUAGCUGUUGACAAAGGGAGCAACAUGGAAAACUGAAUUUCAUGUUAGUUAAUCAUCUGGAGGCCAAGGGUACGGCUAAGAUGAGAGCGCAUCAUAUACAAUGGGCGUCCUCAGGAGUUCUUCCUUGGACACUUGCUUUUUCAAAACUCUAUUAGCGACAUAAAUUCUGAUGUAGUUGAUCAACUUUUGCAAUUUGUAGAUGCUGAGGUAGACGCAAGACAAUUUUGAAAAGACCUGGGCAGACACUUCAAAAGUGCAGCGUUGAUGUGGGAAAGGGCAACGUGUUAUACUCGGGUGAAAGGUAGAAGUGGCAUCACAGGGAGCAACACCGGGAAAUGAUUUAGGGGUAAAUGUUACAUACAGUAUUAUUAUAGUGUGCAGAAGCAAGUGAAAAGGAACCAAACAAGAGAGGCUAUAUUGUAAAAACAGUUGAGUAUAGUGCACAGUUCCAGUCAAAACUUUGGGGGCACACAGAAAUAUUCAUGUUUCUUUUUAUCAAGAUACCACUAAAUUGAUUUUAACAAUACUGUCAAGGCAUUACUAACAGUUAUUACUGCUUGACGUGACUACGGGAGCUGACAAUUAGGACACGGAAUGACUGAUGAAAAUUGGGGCUUUGCAGUCAUACUGUAUGUGAACAAUAAAUUAAAAAUCGGGCAUUUGAAGCAGUAGCCCUUAGAAACACUAGUAGUGUCUUGGCUGUAUUGUUAAAGUAAUUUAACAGUAUAAUAAUAAAGUAUUCAAUUGUAUCAAAAACAUGAACAUUUCUAGGUGUUUCCAAAUGUUUAACCAGUAGUGUGUGGCCACUUUGGGGAACUCCAGCUCCCUAAACACCGAACACAAACAGGCAUGAAAACGAGAUAAAAGGCAAAGAGACUUAUUGUGGGAAAACUCUUCUCACAAGCGUUUCCCAGCAUCACCACAGCCACAAGUACAAUAAAGCACAAUUGUAAGCACAAGCACAACUCUUUCCUUCCUUCUCUCUCUGGUCACUGCCUCGCCUCCUCCACUCCUCCUCACAAGCUUCGUCCACCUUCUGCCCAACUCUGCCUCAUCCAUGUGUGGCAGGCAUCUCCUUUUAUCUAAUCCCCAGGUGUGUUUCCAGUGACAUAACGCUGUAGCUCUGAAGCACUUCUGGGGAGAGGUUGAAACCCUAUUGAGUAGGGACCCCCAAAUCCUGUAUCAUCUCCUGGUGGCCCCCAUGGGACCCAACAAGGUUUUCCCCUGGGACUACAAUACCCAGCAUACCUUAUGGACACCCAUAUGAGGAUUUGAGCCUGGGCUUACUGCCAUCUAGUGUCCUGGGGGAUACAAAGCCCUUGGUGAGCUGUCUUACCCCCGUCCUUCCACCUCAAGGGUGUCCCGGCUGGGUAAGGACAUGGGCCGUCCCUCACAUUCAAGUUAUUUCUUGCUCAGAUAGUAUAGUAGGCCAGUGAGACUGCAUCAGAUGAAUUGUGAGCCAUUCUGGCCACCACACUGCAAGAAAAGACAUAGCAGCUCUAGAAGUUGUGCAGAGGCCAUUGGAAGUGGAAUCCGUGAUAACUAUUUUAAAAAGUAUCUGAAUGAGAUACUGAGAUGACUUAGCAAUUAGCUAACCAAAUGGCAUUAAUAAGGUGAAAGGUCCCUUCUCUUUUGUCAAACUCUGUUCUCCAAAAACCCAUUAAAUGUGUGAACUGACAGGUUACCGCUAGGUGUCACAGUGUCCCUGAGAUUGAGAAAGUGUCAACGUGGCGCAAAUAUGUGCCUCACCUCACUGUACAGCUUCUGUUUCUGUUGUAGAAAAUUAAAGCUAUGGCAGCUUGUGCUUUCAGGCUAUGGCUGCUUUAAAUUUUCACUGUUAUGGCUAAACAUUAAACUCUGCCUUUUGCGGGUUUUAGCAGCCAAACACAGCUGGCAUGAUGCAGGAAAAUGGACUGAGGGUCAUCCAUGUAAGGAUGGCCAGCUGUCAUUUGGGCUUUCAUCUAUACAUGUGUGUAUAUUUGUAUUUGCUUAUUCUGUAUAUCACGCGCUCACAUGCAGUCGAGAUUAGCAGAAAAUAUUUCAGAUACCUCAAGGUCAAACCGAGGAGAAAGCAGAUGUAGUGAUAUCAGAAAAUGAUUUUGAGAUCCCUAAGCAUGUAUUUCUAUGUCAGUGUGAAGUGUCUUGACUGCAUUUUCUGAUAACUUGAAAUAACAACUAAGCCAUUCUGAUACAUCGGAAGUGCAUUUCAAAGUGACGAGGAUAUCAUUUUAUAAUACAUAGCAAGGUUGUCCAGCUGCAAUAGUGGCUGCAGGUUUUCAUUCUAACCCUUUUCUUAAUUACUGACCAGUUUUUGUGGCUAAUGAACUUUUGAUUUGCUGUUUAAAACUCAGACGCCUUAAUUCUAGGGUGUCAAAUUCCGGUCCUGGAAGGCCACAGUGGCUGCAGGUUUUCAUUCUAACCAUCUUCUUAAUUAGUGAGCGGUUUUUGCUGCUAAUUAACUUCUUUGGCUUUAGUUUUAAUUUAUGUGACAUAGUCCUCUUAGUUCAGGGGUACGCAACUCCGGUCCUGGAUGGCUGCAGUGGCUGCAGGUUUUCAUUCUAACCCAGUGGUCCUCAAUCACAGUCCUGGAGGGCCAGUGUCCUAAUUAGAACUCAGUCCUUGCUGAUAAUGAUAGUUGGUGUUUAACUCUAUGCCUUGUUAGUGCUGUCAUUCAUCGUAUGCAAAGUUUAGUUACUUUGUAGAUCAGAGGUCCUCAAUUACAGUCCUGGAGGUCUGCUAUGGCUGCAGGUUUUCACUUUAACCAAUUUCUUAAUUAGAUCCCUUUUAUUUACUACUAAAGCAAUACAUUUUCUGGGAUUCAUUUUAGUUCUCUUGCAUCUUACCAUUCAGAACCCUUAAUUGUCUAUUUUAGAUUUUAGCAGCUGCAUUUAAGUUUUAAUUGUUGGCUGUUUUCUUAACCAGACAUUAGAUAAUAAUGAGAUGCAGUUAAUCAAUAAACCAGCAGCUCUCCAGCUAAUGCGCUUCCUUUUAAACCUGUGCAUACGCACCAUGAAGUAUCUGUGAUAAAAAAUGUUUAGAAAUGAAUGAGAGGGGAAUUGGUAGGACCGUUAGGUUUAAAUUUAUUCUACCAAGCCGACACGUGACAGCAACCUGUGUCCAUCGCACAGUAUCUGAAAAUGAAGGGAGGUGAAGGUCCCAGUAAUGUUGAUCUCCUCAGGUCCGCAAAACAUUUUGGACGGUUCUCCGAGAAAAAGGAAAAAUCGAACAUUUUGGAAAUGUCUGCUGUGGUGGAAUGAGAGCACCAACAAGCCGUGAUAUUAAAUGACGUGUUUAAUUAACGACAAAGAUUGGCUUCUAAUUAAGAAACUGGUUGAAGUUUGAGGCCCUGACUUAGCUGAUCAUCACAUCACAUCUUAUUUCAGUUUUUUGAUUUCGUUUAAGGAAAAAAAAAUGAAGCAAUUCAGAGGAUGGAAUCUUAAAAAAAACAAGUCAAUUAAAAUGAAGAGGAAAAGAAGUUAAUAAGCUGCAGGAACUGAUCACGGAUUAAGGAAGCAUCAGGAAGGAAAACCUGCAGCCACAGGAUCAGAGUUUGAAAACCGUGAUAUAUAGCAUUUAUGAUAUCUGAAAAUGCAUUUAAGGUAUCUUGAAACAGAAUAUUUGGAUUAUUGAAUAUGUAACUUAACAAAUCAAUUAGUGGGAUUUCUGAAUGUGCAUUUAGCUUUUCAUAUGCCGGCUAACAUUGCCAGCCAUAUUAGUAGCUUUAAAAGCUCAUGUAAUAAAGUACUGAUUGUCUAUCUUGCACAACUUGCCUCUGUAUGUUUGCGUGCCUCUGCUCAGAAUGUUCUCUCAAGUAUUUGUUUCCCUUGUCACAGACCUUCACUUUAUGGAAGUGUGGAUGUGGAUAUGAAAAUGCGGGCAAAAGAAAGUUACAGAGUAAGACAGGACAUCAGUGGUAAUUAAGGGCAAGUGCAUUUAAGACUAAAGCACUUUUUUACACAAAGAGUUGUGGGGACCCUGGGACAAACUAGCGAGACAUGGAGUUGAAGCUGAAACCUUGAGGACCUUUAAGAUGGAUCUCGAUGAGAUAGCGGGAUUAGCUAUUAGGUUAACAAGCAAACUCGAUGGAUGGAAUGGUCUCCUCUCGUUUGUCAAAUUUCUUAUGUAUGAUGCCAUGCCCUCUACAGGCAACCAACCUGGAUGCAUCAGUCUAAAGCAGUGGUUCCCAAACUCGGUCCUGGGGACCCCCUGUGGCUGCAGGUUUUUGUUCCAACCAGAUUCACAAUCGGUGAUAAUAAUCGAUACCAACUGAUCUCGUUUAAUUAGCUGGUCUUUUUUACUCUUCUGUUAUUCUGCAUUCAGUAUGGUUUUUACAUUUAUAAGACAUUUAGAAAUAUUUCUAUUUUUUUCUAAAGCUAUAAAUGCUUAACUCUCUCUUGUUGUUUUCCUAUUAUUUUCCCACUUUUCCUGUGUAGUUUGCUCCCUUCAUUUAACCCUAAUAGUGACACCAGCACAGCAGACACGCAGGAUGAUGAAAGCUGCGAUGACUUCAGUAAAUUAGUAAAAAAUAAAUGAAAUAACCAGAACACCUAGAAAAGCAGAAUGAAAAUUUGGUUGAAAAUACUGUUAACGACUUAAUAAACGACAUAUUCCCCAUAUAACAGCUUAUUACAUUUUAAUAAAAAUCGACCAAACUUAGUUUGUAAUUUCUACAUUGACUCCAAAACACAGAAACUGGGAAAUAAGGACUCACUUAAUGAGGCUAAGAGUCCAAUGAGAAAUGGAAGUUGGUUGGAACAAAAACCUGCAGCCACAGGGGGUCCCCCAGGACUGAGUUUGGGAACCACUGAACUAAAGCAACCCAAAGCCUGACUCCUUCCAGGUAGUUUUACAGCUUUAACUAAAUUACUCCAUGGUUUUCUUCUACUAAUAGUCAUCAAAAGUAACACAAUGCGCCCAUGACGUCAUCUUUGCGACUUUCUGGCAAAUUUUCUUAUGGUGUAAAUAUACUUUUAAAUGUGUGGACUUGUAUUCCAAAUCUUCUAACCCCUCCUAGGUGACCACAGUGUUAUUCCAUCACCAUGCAAAGGAUUCUUGUCCAGUUAGUAGAGCGCAACAUGAUUUUUGGAUUGCUUGUAUGUUGAUGUCUGUUUUUUUGGCUGCUCAUUAUUUCAUAACUUUAUGAAUAAUCAAUGUUUGAUGUUCAACAAACUGUAAAGCUUCAUGUCGAAAUGCUGUCAUGAAUUUGGAAAUCUUAUUAUUUUGUAUUUCUUCUCAUUCUGUAAUCCUGGGAGGUGUACCUUAAUAAUAAAUUUUGUUUUGCCAAACCAUAUGGCCUUA